AUGGCACCAAGAUCCAUGCCAAAACGUCCUUCUCCCUCUGAGUUCCGCGAUAUGCUCGCCGGUCCUCGAGUCGAUAUUUCCGUUGGCCCUCGGAAGAAACACUACCUUCUGCCAAAACUCUUGCUCUGCUAUUACUCGCCUUUUUUUGAAAAGUACUUCAACGUCGUUUUCAAAGAGGGGCAGACACAAGAGCUUGAGCUGUUUGAGGAUCGGGUCGAGUUUUUUGAGAUUAUGAUAGAGUUCAUGCUUUAUGGCAAGGUGGAAAACGUGGGCAGCCUUCACAAGUUCAAUCUCAACUCAACAGUCAUUGAAGAUAAGAAAGAGUUCAUUGAGUUCAUUAAGUACAACGACAAGUAUGGGCUCGGAGAAAUCAGUAAUGAAGCCCAACAAGAGUUUAGCAAGCUCUUGGGUUACUCAGUGGCCAAAGUUGACGUUUCUGAUGUUGAAGUGGUAUUCGGUGCUCUUCCUGCCGGGAGUCCUCUCAGAACAUUGCUUGUUCGCAAAAUAUACUCAUCAAAUACGUUCGAGGACAUCCAAAAGUUUAGAUCCCAGGAGUACAGCAUCCCCGGUUAUGCAGCAGAGGUUCUUGACUGUCUACGCGCAAAUUUCGACGUCACGAUGAAGCGAGGCAAAUCCAGGUGGUAA